AUGAUCUCCCCCGUGAGGCUUUGGCGCACGGGACAGCAGCAGGCCCCUCCGCAGCAGCCGCGGCCGCAGCAGCUCGCCGCCGGCUGCCUGGCCGCGCUGGCCUCGGCCUCCGUGCUGCUGUCCCCUGUGCCGGCCCUUGCUGUGUCUGGUGGCGGCGGGACGUCGAGCUCGCUGUCGUUCCAGGACCUGUCAGGGCAGGACCUCACCAAGAAGCGCUUCACCAAGGGAGAGAUGCGCCAGACGCGCUUCGACGGGGCCAACCUUGCGGGCGUGACGCUAUUUGGUGCUCUCGCGGAAAAGGCCUCCUUUGUGGGCGCAAACCUCUCAGGGGCCGACCUGGAGAGCGGCAACUUUGAGUUUGCGGACCUGACAAACGCAAACCUCACGGGGGCGCUGGUGACCAACACGCAGUUCCGUGGCGUCAAGAUCGAGGGCGCCGACUUCACAGACGUGCUGCUGCGCAAGGACGUCCAGAAGUACCUCUGCGGCCUGCCCACCGCCACAGGCACCAACCCCACGACAGGCGUCGACACACGGGAGAGCCUGUUGUGUGAUGAUUGA